AUGAUCGCAAGCUGGUCACUGGGUGCAGAUGAUACGUACCGGGAGUGGCUGAAGGACUACCGGUGGGAUGAUAAGACAGGAACGGUGAUUCAACUGCUGCUGCGGUCUCGCCGUCUCGUGGUUCACGUUGAACCCUCUACUCUGGAGUCGUCCACAGUCAUGGCCCUUGCCUCGGCCUCUCGACAAUUGCUGCUGCAGACAUACCACACCUAUUACUACUACUACUACUACUACUACUACUACUACUACUACUACUACUCCUACUACUCCUACUACUACUACUACUACUACUACUACUACUACUACUACUACUACUACUACUACUACUACUACUACUACUACUACUACUACUACUACUACUACUACUACUACUACUACUACUACUACUACUACUACUACUACUACUACUACUACUACUACUACUACUACUACUACUACUACUACUACUACUACUACUACUACUACUACUACUACUACUACUACUACUACUACUACUACUACUACUACUACUACUACUACUACUACUACUACUACUACUACUACUACUACUACUACUACUACUACUACUACUACUACUACUACUACUACUACUACUACUGCUACUACUACUACUGGUCUAUGUUAUUCAUAGAAGCUCUCCAGUACUAUGACCGUGAUCGUCUUGAAAAGCUUGAACGGCCGACCACUGGGAAGCGGUGCAAUAAAGAUUUAGACGGCAGUUUUGCCCACUGUUCCACAUUAUAUUGGCGGGAUUCUUUCCGGGGACCAUCAUUUCAAAUCAACGGCCGCAUCCCGACUGAUCACGGCACCAAACUGAUGUGUGAUGGAUGA